AUGACGUCUUUGAGCAGGGAACUGGUGUUUCUGAUACUUCAGUUUCUGGAAGAGGAGAAGUUCAAGGAGUCUGUUCAUAAGCUUGAAAAAGAAUCCGGAUUUUACUUCAACAUGAAGUAUUUCGAGGAGAAAGUUCAGGCUGGGGAGUGGGAUGAAGUGGAGAAGUACUUGGCAGGGUUUACCAAAGUUGACGACAACAGAUACUCGAUGAAGAUAUUCUUCGAAAUCAGGAAGCAGAAAUAUCUUGAAGCACUUGAUAAACAGGAUAAAGCGAAGGCUGUUGAAAUUUUAGUCGGUGAUUUGAGAGUGUUCUCCACUUUCAAUGAAGAAUUGUACAAAGAGAUCACACAGCUCUUAACGCUUAACAAUUUCAGGGAAAACGAGCAGCUCUCCAAGUAUGGUGAUACUAAAACAGCUCGUAGUAUAAUGUUGAUAGAGCUGAAGAAGCUUAUUGAGGCAAAUCCUCUUUUUCGGGAUAAGCUUGCCUUUCCUAGUUUGAAGGCAUCAAGGUUGAGGACUCUCAUUAAUCAGAGCUUGAAUUGGCAGCACCAGUUGUGUAAGAAUCCAAGGUCGAACCCAGACAUCAAGACAUUGUUCAUUGACCAUACAUGCUCACCUACAAAUGGUCCCCUUGCUCCUGGACCCGUGGUCAAUCUUCCAGUUGCUGCUGUUACCAAACCCGCUGCUUAUACACCUCUUGGGGCUCACGUUCCAUUUCCGCCUGCAGCUGCUGCUGCUACUCCUGGUGCUUUAGCUGGGUGGAUGGCUAAUGCUUCUGCUUCUUCAUCUGUACAAGCUGCUGUCGUUACAGCAUCAUCCAUACCUGUUCCCCAACAUCAAGUUUCGGUUUUGAAACGUCCAAGGACACCAACAGGAGCACCUGGUAUGGUCGAGUAUCAAGGUCCCGAUCACGAACUAAUGAAACGUUUAAGGCCUGCUCAAUCUGUGGAGGAAGUUACAUAUCCAACAUCUCAACAACAAUGGUCUCUGGAUGACUUACCAAGAACUGUAGCCUUAGUAAUGCAUCAGGGUUCAAACAUCAUGAGCAUGGAUUUUCACCCUUCUCACUACGCAUUACUACUUGUUGGUUCUGCUAAUGGAGAAAUUACAUUAUGGGACCUCAUAGUCCGUCAAAGGCUGGCUUCAAAGCCGUUUAAGGUGUGGGACAUGCAAUCUUGCUCAUUGCAAUUUCAGGCUUCUAUGGUCAAAGAUACACCAAUAGCUGUCACCCGUGUUGCAUGGAGCCCUGAUGGAAAUUUUGUCGGUGUUGCAUUUAGCAAACAUUUGGUUCACCUGUAUUCUUUUCCUGGACCCAACGAACUACGCCAGCAUUUAGAGCUUGAUGCCCAUGCUGGUGGGGUUAAUGACUUGGCUUUUGCUCAUCCAAACAAACAAUUAUGUCUUGUAACAUGUGGAGAUGAUAAGCUAAUAAAGGUGUGGGAUUUGACUGGGAAGAAGGUUUUUAAUUUUGAAGGCCAUGAAGCACCUGUGUAUUCCAUUUGCCCUCACCACAAAGAGAACAUCCAGUUCAUCUUCUCAACUGAUAUCGAUGGAAAGAUAAAGGCCUGGCUAUAUGAUAAUAUGGGAUCUCGGGUUGACUACGAUGCACCCGGGCGCUGGUGCACUACUAUGCUCUACAGUGCUGAUGGAAGUCGGUUGUUUUCUUGUGGGACAAGCAAAGAAGGGGAAUCUUUUCUUGUAGAGUGGAAUGAAAGUGAAGGAGCCAUAAGGAGGAGGUAUUCCGGGUUUGGAAAGAAAUCAGUUGCUGGUGUCGCGCAAUUUGACACCACGCAGAACCAUUUCUUGGCUGUCGGUGAAGAUAGUCGGAUAAAGUUUUGGGAUAUGGACGAUACUAGCAUGCUCACCAGCAUUGAAGCUGACGGUGGACUACCUGCUGUUCCUCGGUUGAGAUUCAGCAAGGACGGGAAGCUUCUAGCUGUGACCACUGCAGACAAUGGGUUCAAGAUUCUCGCUAAUAAUGCUGGACUUAGGUCGUUGAGAGCAGUCGAGAAUCCACCCUUCGAAGCACUUCGGUCACCUAUUGAAUCUACUGCUGUCAAGGCUUCCGUAGCAUCUGGUGUUCCAAGUGUUAGCCCAGUCAAUUUGAAAGUUGAGAGAAGCUCUCCUGCUCGGCCUUCUCCAAUUCUGAAUGGUGUUGAUGCAAUGAACAGAAGCUUGGAAAAGCCCAGAGGUGCAGAGGAGGCCAUUGAGAAGUCAAAGCCCUGGCGGUUGACCGAAAUCUUAGAACCUAAUGACUGUCGAUUGGUCAGCUUACCCGAUAGCACAGAUUCUUCCAGCAAGGUUGUCCGACUUCUGUAUACAAACUCUGGCGUCGGAAUUUUGGCACUGGGCUCAAAUGGCAUUCAGAAGCUCUGGAAAUGGGCCCGAAACGAACAAAACCCUACUGGCAAGGCCACUGCCAGUGCGGUCCCACAGCAUUGGCAACCAAACAGUGGCCUUCUGAUGACAAAUGAUGUAUCCGGUGUCAACCUCGAGGAAUCCUUCCCAUGCAUAGCGCUCUCAAAGAACGACUCGUACGUGAUGUCAGCAGCAGGAGGGAAGGUGUCGCUCUUUAACAUGAUGACUUUUAAGGUGAUGACAACGUUCAUGUCACCCCCUCCCGCGUCAACUUUCCUCGCGUUCCAUCCUCAGGACAACAAUAUUAUAGCCAUUGGCAUGGAGGAUUCGACCAUUCACAUAUACAAUGUUAGAGUAGACGAGGUGAAAUCGAAGUUGAAGGGUCACCAGAAACGAAUUACAGGAUUAGCAUUCUCUACUAGUCUCAAUGUGUUGGUCUCGUCUGGAGCCGAUGCUCAUCUGUGCAUCUGGAGCAUUGAUUCAUGGGAGAAGAGGAAAUCGGUGGCAAUCCAGGUCCCACCUGGAAAGCCUCAAACUGGAGAGACACGUGUGCAGUUCCAUUCGGACCAGAUACGGUUGCUGGUGGUCCACGAGACUCAGCUCGUGAUAUUUGACGCGUCGAAGAUGGAAUGCAUUCGUCAGUGGAAGCCACACGACGGUAUCCAGGCUCCUUUAUCAUACGCGACAUACUCCUGCAACAGCCAGUUGAUCUACGCAACCUUCUGCGAUGGGAGCUUAGGGGUGUUCGAUGCAGAUACUCUGAGAUUAAGGUGCCGCAUUGCUCCAUCGACUUACCUACCUCAGUCCGUCUUGAAUGGAAGCCAACCCGUCUACCCGCUUGUCGUAGCUUCCCACCCACAGGAACCGAACCAGGUGGCCAUCGGGUUGACCGAUGGGACGGUGAGAGUGUUGGAGCCUGUAGAGUCAGAAGGGAAAUGGGGAUCAUCGCCUCCGGUCGAUAAUGGGAUCAUGAACGGUAGAACUACAUCGUCUUCAACGACGAGCAACCACACCCCUGAUCAGUUGCAGAGGUGA